AUUUCAUUAAUAGCUGUGCCGCCCAUAUCCUCGUCAUCUUGAUUUAUUGAUCGCAGACUAACGAAUGGUUUCGAAUACAUAAGCAUAUACGAACGUACAAAUCUGAAGUCACGUUUGGAAGCUUUCAGUAAUUUCCGCCUUGUGAUUAGUACUGCUUGUAUAAUACUGUUCAUAUUUCGACUCUUGGAGUGUUUGUGUUCAAUUUGGCAUUUGAUAUCACUGAGUGCGGUCAUAUACAGUUCGUAGGCUCAAUGUAUAUUUGUGGUUUUAAUUGUUCCGUUUUCCGUGCAGCUUUAGAAAUCCCAAAAACCUGGACUUUGACUUCAGUGUCAGUAAGAAAAUGCUUGCAGUUUCUGGUCCGAUCGCCUACGGAAUUGUCGCCGAGAAUAUGCCACAGAAGGACGUUAAAGUGUGCUUUCUUGGCACUUACUGUGUAGGGAAAACCAGUAUGACCAAGCGAUUCGUCAAAGGGAGGUUUGAUGAGGAAUACACCAGCACUAUCGGCGCCGCCUUCUUGUCAAGAUCACUCUACUCCCAGAACAUCGAAUAUCGUUUUGCAUUAUGGGAUACGGCGGGACAAGAAAGGUUUCGUUCACUAGCCCCUCUGACGUACAGGUCUGCAGCCGCCGCACUCAUCGUUUAUGACAUCACAAAUCAGCAAUCGUUCGAUGAGGUUAAUUUCUGGAUCUCAGAGCUGAGGAGGGAUGGUCCUGAGGAAAUCUUGAUUUAUGUGAUUGGGAACAAAGUAGAUCUCGAAUCGUACCGUGUUGUCGACCGGGAAGUGGCAGAGAGUUACGCCCAAACCAAAGGGGUGUUUCACUUUCAUUCCAGCGCCAAGACUGGCCAGGGUGUCGAAGAAAUCUUCUAUCAUAUCUGUCAAAUGGAUUCCACGAAGAGCUCAAUAAAAGAAAAUGGAUGCAGGCAUCAUCAGAAUACGGUCGAUGUCUCCGAUUCCGAUGGAAACAAAGACCAUCAUCGAUGUCGAUGUCGGAGCACGUGAUCACAUCAUCAAACAUGAUCACAAAGACUUUCGAAAUAUUAUCAUGAAGCGAUUUCAGUAUAGCCUUGCACAUCGCCUUUUUAAAUGCGCGAAGCUAUUACUCCAACCGAGCAUGAUUUAUAUAUUAACAACUGUAUUAUUUAUUCCCCUUGUAAAUUUGAUGUGUUUUUGUGUUGUCUGUAACUCAAGAAUGAAAUGAGAACUGGUUGAAUGAGAGCCUUCGUUGAAUGCUCAAUGUAAGCUUUAAUAUAUGUUAUUCUCAUGAAACAUAAAUCGGGGCAAAUCAAUUUUUCACAUGCUUAAAAAUAAAAUACAAACUUUGGAAAGGGAUGACUAAUUUAGCUGAAGGUAAUACGAUAGGAUAUGGAAAUUUCCCUUGACUUGACUACUCUCUUUGCGAACAGCUAUUAUCAGACUUUAAAAGUUCUGUGCGUGCGUCAAAAACGAAAUCUGAUGUUAUGGCUUGAGCUGAUUUGAAUAUACUUUUUUUCACAUGCUUGAAUGUAUUUUUUUUUUUUAAACAAUAAAACAACAAAGAAAAUAUAUAACAUAUGGAAAUGAUACUAUAAACAUUGCAAUAGUGUAGUUACAUUAUUUGACAGUUUGAACAUUAUUGAAGGUAAGACUAUUUCUAGUGUGACAUGUAAAAAUGAGAGGCUUAUUGAAAAGCGUGUCUCCUUUUGGAAGCCCCUCUUAAAGCUGAAAUACGUCUUAAUAUAAGUGUAUUGAGUAAUUAUUUAUAAUCAUCAACAAAGUAUGAAACUGUGUUUUUUCAAGUAUUUAAUCAAAACGAGGACAUGGAAAAGGGCAAAAUGGCUGAAGAAUUACAUGGAAUUAAAACGAGAAAACAUUGGUAUUAUCCAUAUUUUCAUAUAAGACUUCUUAAACUGACGUUCUACGAAAUAAUGCUCAGACGACAAUGAAUAUUGUUCCGCGCUAAAUAUUCUUCACUAACAGAUUUCUUAAUUUCAAACCAGCCUAACCCUAAUCCUUUACGCCAAAGAAUACCCAGAUCAAUUGCUCCGGGAACAUAUUACUAUCUGUCAAUACUUCUUGCCACUGAACAGUGCGAUAUUUACUAUUCAUUUAAAAAAAUGCACCGAAUAUUAACAAAACGGAGAGGAAGAAAAAAAUAAGAUGGCGAAGGAAUACGGGAAAUAUAAGUAAGAAGGAGAGAGAGAAUGAAAUAGGCAACCUUACUUUGUUCGAUCUUAUUUUGAGAUGGAUUAUGGAAGCGUUUGUUUCUUAUUUUUUUCAAUUCAAUGAGAUAAUUAUCAUAAAUAUAAGUUGUCAGCACUGUGGUGCUGAAAUAAAAGUUGCAGUGUAUUCAAAUUAGUUGACCCUGAAA